AUGGUCAGAAAUCCCCAAAGCAGCUUCAGGCGCAUCUCGCUAACCUGCCACGCAGACGACCUCAAGGAUGUCAUCCAGCAUCUAUUCGAGAUCCAAAGUGCUGUACAUGGUUAUCUAGGACCAGAGACACAGCAGGAGCUGGUGCGCAAAAUAAAAAGCCUCACCCUCGCUCUUUCGACACUUUCGACAGAUACCCAACUUCCCCAGUCUCAAGAACCCCUUCCAGAAUCCGACCCCUCCAACCCCUUGCUCGCCAACAUCCAGCUCCCUCCAGAGAUUAUCGACUACGUCGACUCAGCUCGAAAUCCCGACAUCUACACUCGUGAGUUUGUCGAACUUGUUCAGCGCGGAAACCAAGAUUUGCGCGGCAAGCGCGAGGCAUUCGCCAGUUUUAGGGACGUGCUGGCGCGUGAAAUGCGCAGUGCUAUGCCCGAGUGUCGCGGGGAGGUUGAUCGCGCGGUCCAGGCCUCUGGGGGAAAGGUUGAGGAUGGAGCUGGGAAAUGA